GUGCCACUGAACUACAUGUCAGACAAUUUGGCCCAAUCUGUAGUCCAACAUCUAAGAUGGAUAAUGCAAAAAGAUCUUUUGGGGCAAGAUGUUUUUCUUAUAGGGCCCCCUGGACCCCUUCGACGCUCUAUUGCCAUGCAGUACCUGGAGCUGACCAAACGAGAGGUUGAGUAUAUUGCACUAUCAAGGGACACCACAGAAACGGAUCUGAAACAGCGCAGAGAGAUCCGAGCUGGGACUGCUUUUUAUAUUGAUCAGUGUGCAGUCCGUGCAGCUACAGAAGGCAGAAUCCUUGUGUUGGAGGGUUUGGAGAAGGCAGAGCGGAAUGUCUUGCCUGUGUUAAACAAUUUGUUGGAAAACAGAGAAAUGCAGCUUGAAGAUGGGCGCUUUCUUAUGUCUGCAGAACGUUAUGACAAGCUGCUACAGGAACAUACUAAAACUGAGUUAGAUGCAUGGAAGAUUGUUCGAGUAAGUGAAGAUUUUCGUGUGAUAGCACUGGGCCUUCCAGUACCUAGAUAUUCUGGUAACCCAUUGGACCCUCCUCUUCGUUCUAGAUUUCAAGCAAGAGAUGUUUAUCAUCUACCCUUUAAGGACCAUCUUAAGCUAUUAUACUCAGUUGGAUCAAAUGUUUCUGCACAGAGAAUCUCUCAGCUCUUGUCUUUUGCUACAACUCUCUGCUCCCAGGAAUCUUCUAUGCUGGGACUUCCAGAUUUUCCUUUAGACAGUUUGUCAGCUGCAGUUCAGAUUCUGGAUUCCUUCCCUAUGAUGUCAGUCCAGCAUAUAAUCAAAUGGCUUUACCCUUAUAAUGUUCUACUAGGAAAGGAAGGCAGGACUGCAGUAGAAGAUGCAUUAAAACGUUUUGAGCUCCAGGAUUCAGAAAGCCCUUUGCUUCCCAGUAGGAUUAAAAAAGUGGAACAAAUACAUGGAAGCAAGACCUUACAGGCUGAUGUAACUGUCCAGAUUGCUGAAAAAGAAGUGAAAUUCCAGGUCCCAGCUGGGACUAGACCAUUAAAACUGUGUUCUGGAUCAGACACUUUCAUAAAGACUUCCAGCCAUAAGCAGCUGUUGGCAGAAAUGAUGCAGUCACAUAUGGUUAAGGAUAUGUGUUUGAUAGGCGGAAAAGGCUGUGGCAAAACAGUUAUUGCUAAGGAGUUUGCCAAUAUGUUAGGAUACAACAUAGAGCCUGUCAUGCUGUAUCAGGAUAUGACAGCUCGAGAUUUGGUGCAGCAAAGGUAUACUCUUCCAAAUGGAGAUACUGCUUGGAGACCAUCUCCACUUGUUACUGCUGCCUUGGAUGGGAAGCUUGUUAUUCUUGAUGGUAUUCAUCGCGUCAACUCUGGCACCCUAGCUGUACUACAAAGGCUAAUCCAUGACAGAGAACUGACUCUUUAUGAUGGCACCCGAUUACUAAGAGAAGAUAGGUAUCAAAGUUUAAAAGACGAACUGCAGCUCUCCGAUAAGGAACUACAACAGAGGUCCAUCUUUCCUAUCCAUUCCUCAUUCAGAAUAGUUGCCCUGGCAGAGCCUCCUGUCAUAGGAAGUAGCACAAAGCAAUGGUUGGGCCCAGAGUUUUUAACUCUGUUUCUGUUCCAUAAUGUUAAGUCUUUCACCAGGAAUGAAGAAAUUCAAGUUAUUAAAGAAAUGAUUCCAAAUGUGCCCACGGUUGCGGUGGAACAGUUGUUAUCAUUAACACACAAGCUUCGGGAGACAAAUGACCCCACAGCACAGUCACUGGCAUCAUCUUUGUCCACACGACAGCUAUUACGAAUUUGUCGUCGGCUAUCACAGUAUCCAGAUGAAAGUCUCUACCAUGCUGUCAAUAAAGCCUGUCUUUCCAGGUUUUUGCCAAAUCUUGCAAGAUCAGCUUUACAUAAAAAUCUGCUGGAUUCAGGGAUUGAGAUAAACCCAGAUGAUAUUAGGAAACAAGAGGAGAAGGAUUAUAGUUGUGAAAUACAUAAUGGGUUUCUGAGGAUUGGCUCUGCCACUAUGCCUGUUUAUAACCCCAAUGAGAAAAUGAAAGUGCCUGAUGUUCUGUUUUAUGAGAACACACAGCAUAUGAUGGUGAUGGAGGAUAUGCUAAAAGACUUUUUGCUGGGAGAACACCUUCUUCUAGUUGGCAACCAGGGCGUGGGGAAAAACAAGAUUGUUGACCGAUUCCUUCACCUGUUAAAUAGACCCAGAGAAUAUUUACAGCUGCAUAGGGAUACCACUGUACAGAGCCUUACUCUGCAGCCUUCCGUUACAGAUGGCCGUAUUACAUAUGAAGACUCACCACUGGUGAAAUCAGUCAAGUUGGGGCAUAUUCUGGUUAUCGAUGAGGCAGACAAAGCACCUACAAAUGUUACCUGUAUUUUAAAAACGCUUGUGGAAAGUGGAGAAAUGGUUCUGUCGGAUGGAAGGCGCCUUGUUGCCAAUCCUGCUAAUGUAGAUGGGAGAGAAAAUGUAAUAGUAAUUCAUCCUGAUUUUAGAAUGGUAGUUCUAGCAAAUAGACCCGGAUUUCCCUUUUUGGGAAAUGAUUUUUUUGGCACACUAGGGGACAUUUUUAGCUGCCAUGCAGUUGAUAAUCCCAAACCACAGUCAGAACUGGCUAUGCUUAGACAGUAUGGACCGGAUGUUCCUGAGCCAAUCCUUCAGAAACUGGUGGCUGCUUUUGGAGAACUGAGGAGCUUGGCUGACCAAGGAAUUAUUAACUAUCCUUAUUCAACCAGAGAAGUUGUAAAUAUAGUAAAACAUUUACAGAAAUUUCCAACUGAAGGACUUGCAAAUGUGGUUCGAAAUGUGUUUGACUUUGACUCCUACAACAAUGAAAUGCGUGACACUUUGAUCAGCACUUUGCACAAACAUGGGAUACCGAUUGGAGCAAAACCUACCAGUAUACAGCUGGCCAAGGAGCUACCCUUGCCAGACCAUAAAUUUAUGGGCUACUGGAGAAUCAAUCAAUCAGGGAACGCACGGCGGAAACUACUUUGUCCAACAGAAACUCAUCAGUUAAAUAUAAAGGGUCCAGUAUAUUUAAAUGUUCAGGGAUUUCCACUGGAACGGCAUGAAGCAAGGUCCCUCAGUUUCACAGAAGAACUUGCUUUUUGGACACUGCCUUUGAAUGAGGUUAACUUAGUCUGUGAUGUUGCUGUAGCAGAAGAUGAGACUGAAAAUAUGCUCUAUGUGGCUACAUGCAAUCCAGUUUCCUUAUAUUUCAUGAAUGUAUCUAGUAAAAAUGGAUACUUUGUGGAUUGUUAUGACAUCUUCCCAAGAACGGCUGGCAGCAUAUGGCAACCCUUUGUGACUGUGGCACCUCUAGGAAAUCCACUCAAAGGGCAAGUGAUUCUUCAUGAAGAGCAGAGUAAUGUUGUCUUGUUGCUGGAUACGAAAACUGGUGCCAUUCAUAGACUUUUACUCUCACCAGAUACCCAAGAAGUUCCAAAGAGAGCAUCCUGGUGGGGCAACAAGGAGGAGCCGAUCAGUCACAAAAUGUGCAGAGAGUUUUCACAUAAAAACUGGCUGGUGUUCUACAAAGAAGAAGGAAACUACCUUAUUGUGCUGGAUGUACUGGAGGGUCGAACUCAUACUAUCUCACUACCUAUCAAUCUCAGAUCCGUUUUCCUAGUGGCUGAAGACCGUUGGCUCUUGGUGGAAAGCAAAACAAAUCAGAAAUUUCUUUUAACCAAGCCAGCGCAUAUGGUAUCUGAAGAGAGUGGAGUUUGCCAGCUGCAUGCAUUGAAUGAAGACCCAGUUGACAAGGGUUUUGGUUUAACAACAGCAUCUGAUUUGUGUGUGCCGCACACAGUUUCAAGUGACCAACUAUCUUCAGAGAACCUAAGCGUAGCUGUGGAACAAAAGAUCAGCUCUCCCAACAGGAUUCUCUCGGAUGUGCAUAAUUAUGCUACUAUUGUUGUUGGCUUCCCAGAACUUAUGUCUCCCAAUGAGGUGUACAGCUGGAAGAGAGGCUCCUCGCUGGGCAGCCGACAUGCUUCUCCUUCUGAUCCAUUUUACUAUGGGAGGCGCAGUAAAACCGGAGUUGCAAAACAAAUUAAUUGUGUGACUUUAUUAGCUACUAAUCAAAUAGUCAGAAUUUUAGCACCUGGAGACAUCCCGUUGAAAGAACUUUAUCCAAAAGAUAUCACUCCUCCGCAAACAGCUGGGUAUCUGGAAGUAACCGACCUUAACUCAAAGAAACUUAAAUACAUUCCUAUUCCCAGAUCAGUGUCUCUCUCUCCAUAUACAUCAUGGCUGUCAAAGAUCUCGGACACAGAUGUUCUGUUGGCGCCACUGGGCAAAGUAGGUUUGGUUACAGUGGAUAUGGGAGGCAGUGUCAGGCUUUGGGAGACAGGACUUGACAGCCUACAGCGUUCUCUGCAGGACUGGAGAAACAUGAUUGGACAAGAGGAUGGUAGACCUGUGCAGAUAACCAUUGAGAGAGACAGUGGUUUGGAAGUGAGCUCCCCUAAGCAUGGAAAGACAGAUCCAGACAACAUGCCCCAUGUUGGCGGAAACACCUGGGCUGGUGGAACAGGUGGGAGAGACACAGCAGGGCUGGGCGGCAAAGGUGGGCCCUAUAGACUGGAUGCUGGCCACAAAGUUUACCAGAUAUCUCAGGCUGAGAAAGAUGCUGCUCCUGAGGAGGUGAAGAGAGCUGCAAGGGAGAUGGGUGAAAAGGCCUUUAAACAGAGAUUAAAGGAGAUCCAGAUGAGUGAAUAUGAUGCAUCUACUUACGAAAGGUUCUCUGGAGCUGUCCGAAGACAAGUUCAGUCUCUCCGAAUCAUCCUAGACAAUCUGCAGGCCAAGGGUAAGGAAAGACAAUGGCUGAGACACCAAGCUAUUGGAGAGCUAGAUGAUGCCAAAAUAAUUGAUGGAUUAACAGGAGAAAAAGCUAUUUAUAAACGACGGGGAGAGCUUGAGCCAGAACUUGGUAGCCCUCAGCAGAAGCCUAAGCGUUUGCGCCUGGUAGUGGAUGUUUCUGGCAGCAUGUACCGCUUUAAUGGGGUAGAUGGUCGACUGGAGCGUUCCAUGGAGGCUGUCUGCAUGGUCAUGGAAGCUUUUGAGAAUUACGAGCACAAGUUUAAGUACGAUAUCGUUGGACAUUCAGGAGAUGGCUUCAACAUUGCAUUGGUUGGGAGUGACAAAGUUCCCAAGAACAAUAAGCAAAGAUUAGAGAUUAUUAAGAUAAUGCAUGCCCAUGCUCAAUUCUGUAUGAGUGGAGACCAUACUCUGGAAGGGACGGAGCAUGCUGUUCGUGAAAUUGCCAAAGAAGAGGCUGAUGAAUAUUUUGUCAUAGUCUUGAGCGAUGCAAACCUUGAACGAUAUGGUAUCCCACCAGCAAGAUUUGCCCAAACCUUGACCAUCAACCCUCAAGUUAAUGCUUUUGCCAUAUUCAUAGGAUCCUUAGGAGACCAGGCAGACAGGCUGCAGAAGAUGCUACCAGCAGGCCGGUCUUUUAUUGCCAUGGAUACCAAGCAGAUCCCCCAGAUCUUGCAACAGAUCUUUACAUCCACCAUGUUGUCCAGUGCCUAA